AUGUCAAGACGGAAGCAAGCAAAGCCCCAGUAUGUCCAGUCGGACCCGCAUCUAGCUUCAUCCGAGUUAAGCGGUAAGUUCAUACUCUCAGCAAUGUCCAAUGAGCUUCACAUGAAGAACCCACCCUCACUGGUCUGUGAAGCCCACGUCUGUGAAAGAUGCUGUGCCGAGUUCUUUGACCUAACAGACUUUGAACAACAUCAGAAGGAUUGCCCUGAGAAUCAGUUAGUUCUAAUUGUGAGUGAAAAUGGAAGUCCAGCCUCCCCUUCUCACUCAUGCUCUUUGAGCCCUUCUCCCGAUGAAGCAGAGGAACAAACAAAUGACAACAUUAGUAAUGGAGACACUGAUGAACUUGGAGACUUUGCAAAAGAUGGAACACUGGCUGAAAAUGAGGAAUCUAUGCAUGUUUCUGUAACUAAUAGCCACAGUCAGGAUAGUACCAGCCCAUCUCAUUCGGUUCAUAAUGGUGGCUUUGGGAACAGCACAGACAUUGUAACACUCACCUCAAAUAUCUCCUCACCCCUGCCUCAACCAAGUCACCCUCCUGAACUUGGCAAAAUUUCAUCAAUCAACAGUAAUGUCUUCAUCGAAAACCUGGAAAGCACGAAAGUGGCGGUUGCUCAGUUUUCACAGGAGGCAUGCUUCAAGGAGGUUACCGUUAGCAACACCAGCAACAAUAAAAUGACAGUCCCAGGGCUGAUUGAGCAACUUAUGGCCCUCCAGCAACAGCAGGUGCAGCAGCUAAAGCUUAUUGAACAGAUUCGCCAUCAGAUAUUACUGUUAGCAGCUCAGAAUCCUGAGAUGCCUGUAGCUUCCAGCAACUGCCAAGGUGCAUCAAGCUUGCCACACAGUAACCCACUGUCAGCGCUCAGCUCACACCUUUCCCAACAGCUAGCGGCGGCCGCUGGUUUAGCGCAAAGCCUCGCCAAGCAGUCUGCUAGCAUUAGCAAUGUUAAACCACUUAAACAGACCAACAAACAGAACAACCACGGCACAUCCGUUCUGUCCUCUCAUGAAUGUUCACAGGCAACGGACAAACAUAGGGCAAAACUUGAUCUCCCAAAAGAUACGGCUCAGCUUUCCACCAAGCAAUACGUAGAUUGUAAUGCUGACCAUGUUCAAUUUGGUAGCACAACAGACCUGAAACUACCUCCUCCCACUGCUUCUGUUCCAGUAAGUGAUAUGCCAAACUCAGCAAGUAAACUAUGUCUACCUCAUAAUGUUUUUGGCAGUCAAAUCUUCACAAACUCACUGCCAAGCAUCGGGGCUAUUGUGGAAGAUCUGAAUGCCUUGACCGCUUUAGCCCAGCAAAGGAAAGGAAAGCUGCCCAAUGUGACGUCUUUUGAACACAAGAGCUCUUCAGAUGAGGGCCUGUUUAAGCACAAAUGCAGGUUUUGUGCCAAAGUGUUUGGUAGUGACAGUGCUUUGCAGAUACACUUGCGAUCUCACACUGGAGAGAGGCCAUAUAAAUGUAACAUCUGUGGCAAUCGUUUUUCCACCAGAGGAAACCUCAAGGUUCACUUCCAGCGACACAAAGAGAAAUAUCCCAACAUCCAAAUGAAUCCUUAUCCAGUUCCAGAGCACUUGGAUAAUGUGCCAACGAGUACCGGUAUUCCUUAUGGCAUGUCAUUGCCUCCUGAGAAACCAGUGUCCAGCUGGUUGGAAAGCAAAUCUUCUGUGACGAGUUCACUUGGUUUUUUGCACCCUUCAGGUUUUCCACAUACAAUUAAAAAAGAGGACCAACCUCUGUCCAUAACUAGAACUGCCAGUCCUGAUGUAAGUACCUCUUAUGAGGCUGAAUCUUGGGAAAGGAAGCAUAGCAUCUCGGAGGGCCUUAGCAGAGGGCCUUCUCCAAACUCAAAUGAGAAGUGUAAUGAGGUCAAGACUUUUCACUUUGGUACAUCCGUGAGUCCUGCUGCAGAGAACACUGCUGUCUUGCACCAUACUUCUACCAACAACCCUUUGGUCAAUACCAACUUACCCUCUCCAUUCAUGUCUGAACAAUUAAAAAGCAAAGUCAUUUGUAGCAGUCUUUUGGAUCCUAAGGAAACCUCAGAGACCACCAAACUGCAACAGCUCGUAGAGAACAUUGAUAAGAAAUCAACUGAUCCCAAUGAAUGCAUGAUCUGCCAUCGGAUUCUCAGCUGCCAAAGUGCUCUGAAAAUGCACUAUCGAACACACACAGGAGAGAGGCCAUUCAAGUGCAGAGUGUGUGGACGAGCAUUCACAACCAAAGGCAACCUUAAAACACAUUACAGUGUCCAUCGUGCCAUCCCACCCUUAAGAGUCCAGCACUCGUGUCCUAUAUGCCAGGAGAAGUUCAGCAAUGCCAUGGUUUUGCAGCAGCACAUCCGCAAACACAUGGGCGGACAGAUUCCUAACACCCUGGCCCAAGACAACUGUCCAGAGUUAAUGGAAUACAUUUCAGAAUCAUUGGAUGAAAGGAACCUUGAGGAUCUGGAGAAGUUCUCAGAUGGGAACAUGGAAGAGGACUCAGAGAGUGUAUGUCACAACAGGUCAAACUGUACAGACUCAUCAGGGGGUAGCAGGAACUCCUCCCCCACCCCUUCAGAAGUGGCCAGUGUUGUUGAUUCAGAAAGUCAUAGGAAGACUCCAAAGGUGGAAGACUCAUUGGACAGCACGUUGAAAACAAUAGAGAGUGAGCCAAUGGAUGGACAUAGUUUAACCUACCAGCCCUCUUCCCUUGAAGGCGUCAGAGAGGGUCAAAGGACUGGGAGCCCAACCACCUCUGGAAGUAUUUCUUCUCUACAGUCUUCUUCACCCAAUAGGUCAGGAGUGGUUAAUGGGAGAUCUCCCACUUUGGAGAGGCAUCAGAGAGCUUCAUCUAUAGAGCAGAUCAAUGUGGAGUUCAUACAGACAAUAUCUAGCAGUCCCCCAAAAGAUUUAAUCAACAUCGUUUUUCCAUUCCGUGAGCGGGGUACCUUCAAGAACAAUGCAUGUGACAUCUGUAACAAGACCUUUGCUUGUCAGAGUGCCUUGGAUAUUCACUAUCGCAGUCACACUAAAGAGAGGCCAUUCAUUUGCACAUCUUGUAACAGGGGCUUUUCCACCAAAGGGAACCUCAAGCAGCACAUGCUUACCCACCAGAUGCGAGACCUGCCUUCCCAGUUGUUUGAGCCAGCCAGCUCAAACCCGGGUUCAAAUUCUAGUCCAUCAGCUCUUUCCAUGGGUGUGCAGCUGCCCUCAAAAAUAAAGAUGGAAGUCAAUGGAAUGAUAAAUAAGGACGGAAAGAGUGUGACCUUAAGUAUGGUGAGCUCCUCAGCAUCCAUGUUGCCAGUUCUUCCCGCAGAAGCUCUUGCACCUCCAAGGCGAACACCCAAACAGCACAUUUGCCUCACUUGUGGAAAAACCUUCUCUUCCUCCAGUGCCCUACAGAUCCACGAGCGGACCCACACAGGAGAGAAGCCCUUUGCCUGUACCAUCUGUGGCCGUGCUUUUACCACCAAAGGAAACCUGAAGGUUCAUAUGGGAACCCACAUGUGGAGCAGCUCCUCAGCCAGACGAGGACGCAGGCUAUCCAUCGACGGACCUUUGACAUUCCUCAGAUCAAAUCCAAUAAAGCUCCCAGAGAGUUUCCAGAAGGAUAUGACUGGAAGAGUCAAAAACAAUGGGGACUCUGUUAGCCUUUGGAGCCAGUAUGCUACGGCAGGUUUUACUAAUGGCCUGGCAAUGAAGACCAAUGAGAUCUCUGUCAUUCAGAAUGGGGGAAUUACACAUUUAUCAGGUACUGUUGGGCACAGUGGAACCUCUCACAUUGGUGACUUGACAGGGAACAUGGAAAAACUGCACAGCACAGAACUUAGCAGAUCGCUCCCUUGGUUAGACAGUAUGACUCAGUAUGAAAACGGACAGAACUUUCAUCUCACGUGA